AGCCUGGCUUGGUUUUGGAGUGGACGAGCGGCGGGUCCGGGCUCGGGCAUGGCAUCCCCAUCGCGGAGGCUGCAGACCAAGCCGGUCAUCACCUGCCUGAAGAGCGUCCUCCUCAUCUACACCUUCAUCUUCUGGUUCUCUGGCAUCAUCCUCCUGGGCGUUGGGAUUUGGGGCAAGGUGAGCUUGGAGGUCUACUUCUUUCUACUGAAUGAGAAGGCCAGCAAUGUUCCUUACGUCCUGAUCGGGGCAGGAUUGGUGGUCGCUCUGCUGGGCACCUUUGGCUGUUUUGCGACCUGUCGCGGAAGCACAUGGAUGCUGAAACUGUAUGCCAUGUUCUUAACCAUCAUCUUCCUUGUGGUGCUAGUGGCUGCCAUUCUGGGUUUUGUCUUCAGACAUGAGAUAAAAGAUAGUUUUAAUAAAAACUAUGAAAAUGCUGUGAAGCGUUACAAUGGGACCAGUGACGAUCUUAGCAAAGCAAUCAAUGAUGUCCAGAAAACAUUACACUGCUGCGGGGUAGAGAAUUACACAGACUGGAAAACGAGCGACUACUUCAAAGAGAAAGGCAUUCCCAUCAGUUGCUGCAAACCUUCGGUGAACUGUACAGCUGAUGACUUGAAGAACAUCACCAGAGCAGGAGGCAAAGUUUACGAACGAGGUUGUUUUAGCCUGGUGAUACAAACCAUGGACUCUGAGAUGGGCAUUGUGGCUGGGAUCUCCUUUGGCACUGCUUGUUUCCAGUUGAUUGGCAUUUUCUUGGCCUGCUGCCUCUCCCGGUCCAUCACGAGUAACCAGUACGAGAUGGUGUAACACUGCAAGACGGGGGAGGUUCGCCCAACACUCCAAGGGUUUAUCUAAACAAAAAAAAAAUGAAGAUUUUUUUUUAGGAGCCACUUCCCUGACAGACUUGAGCUUUUGAAAACCAGUUUGAUCUGACUGCUGUCUUUGGGAAUUAUUUGAAUUAUGUUUGAAAGUACCAAGGACAAGGCAAGGAGCUUUUCCGUUGAGAUUUAAAACUCCUGAAGACCAGUAGUUUUAAAAUAGAUAUUUUUUUAAAAAAAAAGGGAGGGUUUUCAUAGUACUAUUAGUUGCUGUGUCAUUAAUAUUCUACGUAUUUAAGUGGACGUAUUAUUUAAAUUUAUAUUAGCCUAUUCUUGCUAUUGUAGUAUAAUUUAACCAACAGCUGCCUCUUUUAGUUAAAUGUCCGUUUUUUUUUCUCUUGAAUAAUGCUUUUCAUUCUGGACUUAUCAAAUCCUACCCAAAACCAAAGUACCUUCAAAAAAUACCAUGAGUGAUUUCUAUCCAGAUCUCCACAACUUCUUAGUUUGGGGCUCAAAUUCUGUACUUUGUUUCAGUUGGAUCCAUUUCUGGAGGCUCCAGCUUGGGAUUUUUGCAAACUUGGCAAUUUGAAGUUGCGUGGAUUUUAACUCCCAGAAUUCUGCGCAUCUUCACACUGCCAGGUAUGGGGAAACAGCCCCCUCCCCGUACUCAACUCCAUCGCUGGAGGAGCUCAUCUAGAACCAGAUGUCCACCUUUGAACAAAGGGCGAUGAAGAUUUUGGUAGCCCGUACCAAACUCGGAUCUGGAGUUGCCUUCUGACCUUUAGAAUUGGCCCCAAGGAUUCUCAAAUAUACCUUAUGUGGCUUAAUCCCAAACUCCGAUGAGAAGUCAACAAAUGUUCAGCGAGGACACUUCUCUCCAUUUGAAUCAUCUCCAAAGUGGACCCUGCUUUUUGGUAAAGAGAUAAAUGCUCUUCCUUCCUGGACCCUUGCCUUUAAUGGAUAGGGACAAGAUAAAAUAAUAAUGACCUGUAAGCCCCCAGUGAGAUUGUAGCAUGUUGGUGGAAGAGAUGCUUUGGGUUUUUAGACGGACUCUGGUCCAAUUCACGGGAUCUCCAAAUGGGGUUUGAUGGCAGUACACCAGCGAAGCGCCAAGCCGAAGAUGGUGGACCUGACGGUUGUUUUUUGAAAACUUUCGGUAACGUUAAUCUAGACCCGUGAUGGCGAACCUAUGGCACGUGUGACGGAAGUGGCAACGCAGAGCCAUCUCCGCGGGUGCGCGAACUGUCGCUCCAGCUCAGUUUCAAUGUGCAUGCGUGCAUGCCUCCCGCCAGCCAGCUGAUUUUCGUGUAUCUGCCGUGCAUGCGUAGGGGGGAGCGGGGCGGAUGCAUGAGACAUAGGGGGCGGGGCAGAUGCGUGAGACAUGCGCAAGGGGCGGAGGGAGUGCAGGGGUCCCACACGCAUGUGCAGGGGAGGCUAGAGGGCGCAAGGAGUCACGCACGCAUUGCAUUAUGGGUACAGGCACGCGACGUCCCAAAGGUUAGCCAUCACUGAUCUAGACGGACUGAUAAUGAUGAGUUUGCAUAAGUUAGUUUCCUAUGCAAUGGAAUGGAAUUGCAGCCCCUGUCACCAAACAAGAUACAAUUAAUUUUUUAAAAGAAAUGCUGAUUUGCAACAGCCGUAAAUUGGCCUCCUUCCCUUUGAGGUUUCAGUGGGAGAAUCGUAUAGGACACUAAGGCCCUCACUGGAUACGCUUCCCCAUAUCAUGCCGAGACAAAUUUACUAUAGGAAUGGUAAACGGCUAGUUCACACUACGUGCUAAGUUAUAGACGGUGGUUAUACAAGGAGUGGAAUUUGCACGCUCUGCAAAGCUCAAGCCCAGCCGUCUUGUUGUUUAAUGCUACCUGUGAAGCCUAACUUGUGCAAUGAGCACUCCCAAAACCUCUUUUAUCAGACAGUUAACUGUGUUUGUAUGUGAUAUUUGCCCAGGGGUUUGGACCAUGGUUUAUCGAGCGAUAAUGGUCUUGAUUUGUCCAUAACACUAAAGCAUUACAAUCGGGUACCGGCAUCAUGCAAAACCUUCAACAAAACAAAUAUAUUAUGACUUGGGUGUGAUGUGUACGGGUAGUCCUUGACUUAUAA